AUGAAUGUGCUCAAUUCCAGUGGAGCGCUGUUAGCUAUUGAGACAAAUGACGAUGAUAUGCUAAGGAUGAUAUUGUCCAAAAUAAACAUAUCAUUUGACGCUCGGAUCGACGAAACUUACCUAGAAAAAUGGACAUUGCUUGAAUUUGCCCUAAUGCUCGGUUACCAACAGUGUGCUGAAGUAUUACUGCAAAAUGGAGCUACUAUUGAUGUUGAAUCUUCUCCGUUAGAACGCCGUCUGCAACAAAUUCAAGAAAAUAUCGAACUUAUUACUGAGGAAAUUCAGUUUUUGAGGACCACCAUCAUUCGAAAUGAAGAUAAACAAAUGAAGUAUUUGGAGAAACGUCUAUUACAAAUGAAAAAAAUGAAGAAUGUUUUGGAAAAUACUACUGUUCCUGGAUUACUAACCAACGUUGAGACAGUUGUUUCAGCAUCAGAUCAGCUAACAGUAAGCUGGGAAGACGUUCGCCAACGUAAUGUGGAUCUUGUUAUAAACUACAAGGUUGAAUGGAGCUUGUGCGAUGAUUUCAACACUAUCGAAGGAAGCUUACUUAUGGAUACUAUGAUAAAGAACUAUGCAGUAAUAUCUGAAUUAAAACGUGGAUUACGAUAUUCUGUGCGCGUUAGUGCCGGAUCUAUUAGAGGCUUUGGCCACCCGGCUUUAGCAACGCCUCAAUCGCUAUUGCUUUCAAAUGAUAUUUCGCAACUUCUUCUGGAUGUCGAAAAAUAUCGUUCAUCUCCAGUUUGGCAAACGUUAUUUCCCAAAUCAAGCGAAAUAAUGGACAAGAAAAGAAAAGGAAGUAUAAAAAGUCUCUUUGCUAGCGGUUUCCGGUCUCUUAAAGUUGUUCAAAGGGGUAUUUAUUUAGUAAGUGUCAUUUACUCAGAAAUGAAAGUAUGUACUGUUGAAGAUUAUCUUCCGGUUAUUCUUAUUGAUCAGACGCAAUUUUGCAUCGAGAAAGAUGAAAUGUACUGGGCUAUAAAACUCUCAUUAUCCUGGAAUGAAAUGCAGACUUUACAGGAAAUAAACAAUUCAAGUUUUUCAAAUUCUCAUUUUCGUAGUAGAUUUAUCGAUGCUGCAAUCGAAAUGCAUAUGGCUCUUGGAGUGAAAGAUAUUGGAAGAGUGCAUUAUCAGCCGAUUGUAGACGAAGUAAAUUCGAUUUCUUUUAUUGUUACAGUUCGUUUUGUAAACGGAUCACAAACCGCUCAAGGCCUGAGAACACGAUGGUUACCUCUGAACAAAAUGGUUCGCAAACGAGGAGCUUGUCAGGCGAUGGAUAUGUUGUGGGCAGAAAUUUUUAGGAUCAUCAGUUUUUUCGAGUCCUCACAUAUGCGAUUACGAAAAGGAUUAGAGAAUCCACAUAUAACAAAAGAAGAAUGGGAUUUGUUACGAUCCGUGGAUAUUAACACUUCAAAUCCACUAACACCGGUGCAAUUUAUUUUUCACACUGCCCUUGUUAGUGCGGCAUCUCGUUUACUUGAUGAUCUCCAGAUUGACAUUAAUCUCAUAUCAAAUCAACGUAUCUAUUGUUUGCAAGUUUUUCAAUUACAAUUCGAUGUUUCCUUCAUAAUUCUUUUACCAAAAAUUGAAGAUGUCUGUACCGCGCCAAGUUAUUCAUUAAAAUCGUUGCCCGUACAGAAAGGUUGUCUCACACUUCCACUCCAAGUUUUUGAAGCGAUUCAUCUAUGUACAUACAACCCCGAUUUCAUUGGUACCUAUUGUCGCCUCUCACUUUUUAUCGAACAUUUCUCAACGUACAUACAAUAUGAGCAAAGAAAUAGCCUGCUGGAGAAUGACUUUAAUGUUUACGCUGAUGUACUUUCAAAGCUGGACGAGUUUCAACAAAGAUUAGAAAAUCUGUGGAAAUCGGUGAAGUGGGUUGGUGAUGUUGCUUCUGUUGCGCGAGAUAAACAAGCCAAAGGUGUAGUACCAAUGAAAAGUUUGCUUGCAGUCAGUAAUGGAAUAAAUGACACAGAUUGCGACGGUGAACAAGGUACGAGAAGUGACUCAAUGGAUUCAAGUGCAUUAUAUCUUGAUCUCUAUAAUAUGCUACCACAAAAAGUCAACUCGCUGACUAAACCUUGGCUCAACAACUGCUUUCAGCCAAAAAAGAUUCCAACCACAAGAGUGAUUAAAGUUUAUGCCGCCUAUCAGUGCGGCCUUACUUCUGGCACUUCAGUUCGCCUUCAGAUAGCAUCAGCAACCACAGCUAGCGAAAUUGUUGCUUUGGUCAUUGAACAAUUAGCCAAAGCAGCUGCAGAAUCUGGAAAAUCAGUCGAAUCCAAGGACCCAGAAGAUUUUUGCUUGGCAGUAGUUGUUGGUUCCAGAGAACGCAGGCUACGAGACAACUUCCCACCCAUGAAAUUGCAGAAUCCUUGGGAUGACGGCCGUCUAUUUGUGAGGCGUCGCGACAGUGUCUUGGCAGCUUUGCAAAAGGGUAAUGAAGCAGCUGUUUGA